ACAGACGUCGCGGAGGAGGGAGGGCUGCCAGUGUCGACAUGCUGCUGGAGGAGGUCCGCGCCGGCGACCGGCUAACCGGGGCGGCGGCCCGGGGCGACGUGCAGGAGGUGCGCCGCCUUCUGCACCGCGAGCUCGUGCAUCCCGACGCCCUGAACCGCUUCGGCAAGACGGCGCUGCAGGUCAUGAUGUUCGGCAGCCCCACCAUUGCUUUGGAGCUCCUCAAGCAAGGUGCCAGCCCCAAUGUUCAGGACGCCACCGGCACUACUCCAGCCCAUGACGCCGCGCGCACUGGAUUCCUGGACACCCUGAAGGUCUUGGUAGAGCAUGGUGCUGAUGUCAACGCACCUGAUGGCACUGGGGCGCUCCCCAUCCACCUGGCGGUGCGAGAGGGCCACACGGCUGUGGUCAGCUUCCUGGCUAUGGAGUCUGAUCUCCAUCACAGGGACGCCAGGGGCCUCACACCCCUGGAGCUGGCGCAGGGGCUGGGGGCCCAGGAUCUCAUGGACAUCCUGCAGGGGCACACGGUGGUGCUGCUGUGACCCAGGGCCACCCACUCCUGUAACAGGACCCAGCGGGGUUCUGCAUCAAGAGAGGAGGAAAGAAACACUUUCUCCCCUCACUUCUGCCCACUGUCGAAAGGGGAGGGGCACCCGUUUGUGGCUUGUUGGUGUUGAUUUGCGGGGUGUGUGUGUUUGAGGGACAUUUCUCAUUUGUUUUUCUCACCCCUUUUGACGUGCUGGGCAGAGAAGGGCUCUUGCCGACAACAGCCAUCUAAACGGUUCCGUUUUCUCUGUGCCUCAGAUUGCUGGGGCUGCAGACGCCCAAGAGCAGAGCGUUUAAAGCCCCAGCUCCAGAGUGAGGUCAUCGCUUCCAGGGCUCCUGGAACCUGGCGACCUUGGCUGGCUUGUACCCAGAGAGAGACCUCAAAGUGUGCACACUGCUUUCAGGCAUGGGGUGGGAGGGGGGAGAGUUUCGAAUCAAAGGGUAGUAUGAGUUCGUUCAUAUUUUGUUGGAAGCUUGUUUUCCAGUCUCUUGUACAGCGUUUAAAAAAAGAGAUUCUAUUUAUUAAGCUUUGUGGAAAAAAAUUGUGUGAUAACUUAAUGUUUUUACCCAUUAAAUUAAGACUUGUGCAUGAUCAGA